AUGACUAUAUACAUGUUGAGUCAUUUGCCCUGCAAGGAAGAAUCCGUCCAUUUCAUCACCGAAAUCGUCAGCUCCAUGGUCGACCUCUCCCGGAAAGGCCAAAACGUCUACCUAAACGCCCUCAAGACCUCCGCGUGCCGCAAGUACGGCAUCUCACGUGCGCCGAAGCUGGUCGAAAUGAUUGCGGCUCUACAGGAGUCAGACCGUGAGGCUCUUCUUCCCAAGCUCUGGGCCAAGUCGGUCCCAACCGCUUCGGGUAUCGCCAUUAUCGUGAUGUCGAAGCGUCAUCGGUGUCCCCACAUCACCACCACCGAGAAUAUUUGCGUGUACUGCCCCAGCGGUCCCGAUUCGGACUUCGAGUACAGCACUCAAUCUUACACUGGAUACGAGCCUACUAGCAUGCGCGCAAUAUUCCUGAUAGAGUAA